GCCGAGAAAAUCAAUCAAUCGAACAAGACGUCUCUCUCUUGUCAGCCAAGAAAAUCAAUCAAUCAGUCUAACAAGAGAGAGAUCGAUCGGCGAUGGUGCGCAGCGAACGGCACGGGCUGGGUGAUUACGGGGCGUACCUCUGUGAACUAAACGAACGUGAGGAAGACCGAAGGAACGGGGUGGUGAGGAAGACGGCGCUUGAGUCGGCGCUGGAUUGGGUCGAGCACCACAAGCCCGCCGCCGCGCGCCGAGAUGCUCUAAUGAUUUCCCGGGGUUCGUCAUACGUGGUUGAUCCAAGCUGUGAUGUGAAAGCAGGGGGUCUGUGCGCGGCGGGGGUCUGGUACAAUUUGUUUUCGAGGCCUGGCAUAAAGCCCGGUCAAGUAAUCCUCCGCGCCUGCAGGAGAUGUGCUCCCUACGCAGCGCUUGCAUUGGCUGGGGCUGGUCUGUCUGCAUGUUACAAGUCAGAAUCAGGGUUAAGAGCUUGCCACCAGUACACAAAGCGAUAUGUCUCCUCGGAUGUCACUUCUCCCAAGAACUAACUAGGGGCAGAGUGGCCUACACGAAUAUCAACAGCUUACACACAGAUAUAAUCUUUCUGAGGAAAAAAAAGGUUGCACAGUUACUAUAUCUUCAAAGUUUGAAACAGGUCGAAACUACAUCGUUUUUGCGGGAAUAUGCAUGUAAUUUCUAAUUUUUUGACAAUUGGAAUAUGAAUGUAAUUUUA